AUGAGUGCUUCGCAGCCUCACCAGCAAGGUCGUAGGCAUUCCCUAAAUGCCUACUUCAGCUUUGUCGACCCAACAACAAUAACAACUACUGGCAAUAAAAAGGGUAACGGCGAUGAUGAGUCAUCACGGCGAUCAGCAGAAAAAGAAUCGCAGCAAAGAACGCAGUCAGCAGAAACAGCAGAAAACAACAAUCAGGCAACAACAAAUGCGCUGACAGCAACCAGUCUGCAGGUACCUGCAAACGCGCCGGCAACGAAGAAAAUCACAACGCAAGCUCCAAUCUCCAUCGGAAAAUGGGUGGUUACCGAACACCAUUUUAAGUGCAAUCGCAUAGCUAACAUAGAAUACACCGUUACUACAUUCCUAAAAGUACAAUAUUCCAGUUAA